AUCCAGACCGGAAGUAAACGCUAGUAUCCCUGGUUUCUUCUGCUCGAGCACGUCACCCAAAGAUCCAUAUUCAGCCAUGCAGUGGGCAAAUAUGUGCCUGAAAUUAAUUUUUUAUUUGCCAUUUUUAGGAACUGUGGUUUAUUCCCAAGCAAAAGUGGGCCCGAAAGUAACGGAUAAGGUAUUUUUUGACAUCACCGUGGGAGGACAUGAGGUUGGCAGAAUUGUUAUUGGACUUUUUGGAGAGGUGGUGCCUCUGACUGUGAUGAACUUUGUUGCUCUCGCUUCUGGAGAGAAAGGGUAUGGUUACAAAGGAAGUAAAUUCCAUCGUGUAAUCAAGGACUUUAUGAUUCAAGGAGGGGACUUCACAGCUGGAGAUGGAACAGGAGGUAAAAGCAUCUACGGAAACACAUUUGCAGAUGAGAAUUUUAAGCUAAAGCACCAGGGUACAGGCUGGGUCAGUAUGGCUAACGCAGGCCCAGACACCAAUGGCUCACAGUUCUUCAUCACGUUAGUACGGGCUCCCUGGCUGGAUGGCAAGCAUGUUGUCUUUGGCAAGGUCUUGGAUGGCAUGACUGUUGUUCACACGAUUGAGCUCCAGGACACAAACGAUAGAAAUUUGCCCUACACAGAGUGUGUUAUAGUGAACAGUGGGAAGAUCGAGGUCAAAGCACCAUUUGUUGUAGAAGUGGAGGGUUGGUAGUAUCACACACUGCACAGCUCUGGACUUAAUUUACCUUCCCUCAUCCUGUAACAUUCUGCCUUCUCCAUUCCAAACCACAGUCACACCAAUCAGUCUACAGUGUCUAAAACUUUUUAAAAAUGAGGAAAACAGCCAAUAAGUCAUCAGCAUAUUUGGAAAAUUCUUCAAGACUGUUAAACAUCUCCUGUGGCUCAUGAAGCUUGAUCCUGAGCAUAUACAAAGCAAUCAUCCGUGUACUAUGAGAAGUCUAAAAUAUAAAGCUUUUUUUCACUUUCCAGAAGUCUACAACUUCAGUGUUGUAAUGCCUUCACUACUGAAAAUAGAAACCUAUUAUCUGGUACUCUACUGCUAUCCACUGAGCAUCAUUCUGCUUAAUCGUGAAGAUUUUCAUCAUUAUUCUCAGGUUUUUAGUUAUUCCCCAGACUGUGCGUUGUACAGUACAUAGUAGUUGGAUAGUAAAGCCAGUUGUAGAGGUUCAUUAAAAACUAAAUUGGAGAGAAAAUUAAUUACACUUUGUGCAAUACUGUCAGUCAUUUACCUUAAGUCAAGUCCUUGUUUAGUUAUUACUUUGAGCAAAUUUGUCUAUUUGAACCUCACCUUUGAUUGAAUCACAUUUCAUAAUUAUGUAAUUCAAACUAAUAUUAACAGGAACCCUUAAUAAUGAAAGAACAGGGCAAGGAAGAGUCUCAUGAAACAUGUAGCAUCCAUAUUUUUACAUGCAUGCAUGCCUACAUGCAUGUUCUUUCAAUGACACUUUUGAAUAGUUAAAACAUAUCAUUUGAUUAUAUAAUCAUAAUUAUCCAAGGAGAUACAACAUGCUUUCACUCAUGUGCCAAAUAUGUCUGAAUAUUAUGUAUGUAUUAGCCUUAUUAGUGUACUCCCAAGAAGCAUUUUCUAAGGGUUCAAAAGUAGAGCAUAUUUGUAUGCUAUAGGAAACUAAUUCCCUUCUUUAAUGGGAUUAAUUAAUUGUUCUGGUGCCAAAAACAAAUAUACUUGAACGUAUUGUCAAUUAAUUGAAUAACAUUUUAGAUUAAUUUGAAAUAUGCAAAUUUUAAAGUUGUCUAGUCCUAUUUGUAUACUGUUGUAUUAUAAAGUUAUUUUAAAGAGCACAAUGUCUUUGUGUAUC